CCCGCAAACAUCCGCUUCUCUAGCUAAACCCACGCAAUCCUCUGAAAAAGGGAAAAAUAGCCAAAACCCUCGCGCGGCCUCCUCCUAAUUCGGCCGCCGCCACCACCAACGUGCUCUCCCGACGCCGCCACCAACGCUCGCUCACCGUCCCCAGCCCCGCCUCGCCUCAGCUCCCUCGCCCCCUCCCCCGCUGCCACCUCCACCGCCUUCGCCUCCGCCUCCGCCGAAAAGUAAGAAGCAGGGCGACGUCUCCUCCCCGGAGUCGUUUGUACCGCAAGAACCGGUCAGGCUGCGGUGUGGGCGCUGCCGUCUCCCUCCCCGGCCCGCCGGCCGCGCUCCACUCCGCGGUGCACCCAUCCCACCUCCGCUGCUCUUCCGCCCGUGACCUGUCCUCCAUUUAUUCCGGCCGUCGCGGCGUUCCAGCAGCAGUCACCUCGCUGCUUGUUCUGCCCAUCGACUACCAAAUCCGGUGCCUCCUUUUCCCACCGGCCUCCUGCACGUCCGGUCGCCGUUGCAUCCAUCCAUGGCGGAGUCGAACCCCAAAUCAAAGUCCACCAAGAAAACGAGGAAGCCCUCCACCCUAGGGGAGGAUGGGAAGGACAUGGACGCCCUCAAGUCCGACGUCGCCUCAUUUGCUUCCUCCCUCGGCCUCCUCCCCGGCGCUGGCAACUCCUCCGGCUUCGACGACUCCGACUUCCGCAAGGCCGGCCCCAUCAAAUCCCCAAAACUCCCGAAACAGCCCCAUCAAACCUCCGAAGUCCCCCAAAGCACCGCAAACCCCAAUAACCCUAGACCUACCAAGAAGCCACACCCUCUCGAACUCCAUGGUUCCCAUACUGGUACCAAUCCUGGUGCCACCACGAAUUACCCAUUGAUGAAGGCCGCGGCGCUUUCAGGACAGUGGUACACAGAUGCUGAUGAGCUUGAGGCGAGGGUCCUGGGUGGCUCUAAGCAGAUCCCUCCAGCUGUGGGGCUUCAGGAGAUGCAGCAGAUAGUGGAGAGGAAACGGGAGUUAGCAGAGAGGCUCAUGGCGCAGUACGCGAGGGAAUAUGACACGGUGAGGCGAGGGAGGGGUGACCUGAAGCUUCUGGAGAUAUCAGCGAAGUCUGGUACAUCAUCUGACAAGGUGUCAGCGUUCACAUGCCUUGUCGAGGACAAUCCAAUUGCAAACAUGAGGGCGCUUGACUCUCUCCUUGGUAUGGUUACCUCGAAAGUUGGUAAGAGGUAUGCGUUCACAGGCUUUGAUGCAUUGAAGGAGUUGUUCCUCACGAGGUUACUGCCUGAUCGUAAGCUGAAAAGUCUUAUUCAACGCCCAUUAGACAAUUUACCUGAAACAAAAGAUGGCUACUCACUUUUGCUCUUCUGGCAUUGGGAGGACUGCUUAAAACAGAGGUACGAAAAAUUUGUUAUGUCGCUGGAGGAUGCAGUAAAAGAUAUGCUGCCAAAUCUUAAGGACAAAGCAAUGAAGACGGUUUUCAUUCUUUUAAAGAGUAAAUCUGAGCAGGAACGACGGUUGCUUACAGCUCUUGUUAACAAACUUGGAGAUCCUGAAAGGAGGGCAGCAUCAAGUGCUGCAUAUCUGUUAACCUGUCUCCUGGCUGCUCAUCCAAAUAUGAAGAUGGUUGUGAUAGAUGAGGUGGAUUCUUUUCUCUUCAGACCGCAUGUUGGACUUAGGGCCAAAUACCAAGCUGUCAAUUUUUUGAGCCAGAUUCUCCUUACAUAUAAAGGAGAUGGACCUAAAAUUGCAAAACGAUUGGUGGAUGUCUACAUUGCGCUUUUCAAGGUACUCAUGUCAUGCCCUUGUGAUACGAAAGGAGAUACAUACAGUAAACAUGGCAAGAAGAAUGGAGAAAAUGGAAAAACAAAGGGGAAAAAGAACAAGGUCAAUGACUCUAAUCCUCAUGGAAACCAUGAAGUGGAUCCCACAGCUGGAUCAGAUUUGGAGAUGGACUCUAGAAUUCUCUCUGCACUAUUAACUGGUGUAAAUAGAGCAUUACCAUAUGUUGCAAGCUCAGAAGUUGAUGAUGUUGUGGAAGUUCAAACACCAAUUCUUUUUAGAUUGGUGCACUCUGAGAAUUUCAAUGUUGGUGUUCAGGCAUUGAUGCUUUUGUACCAAAUAUCUACAAAAAAUCAGAUAGCAAGUGAUCGUUUCUAUCGUGCAUUAUAUGCAAAACUUUUGAGUCCUGCAGCUGUUACUUCAUCAAAGCCAGAGUUAUUUCUUGGUCUGUUGGUGAAAGCAAUGAAGAAUGAUGCAAUGUUGAAAAGAGUAGCUGCAUUUUCGAAGCGGCUUCUGCAGGUUGCUCUUCAACGGCCUCCACAAUAUGCCUGUGGAUGUCUUUUCAUUCUGUCGGAGGUCCUUAAGGCAAAGUCACUGUUAUGGGCAAUUGUGCUCCAGAAUGAAUCUGUUGAUGAUGGUGUUGAGCAUUUUGAAGACAUUGUAGAGAGUACCGAGGACCCCUCUACUGGCUCAGCAAUUCUAGAUAAAUAUAAUGACAAAUUAGCUCCUCAGGAGAAAUACAACUCUGAUGCUGCUGAUGGUUCCGAUACUACAAAGCAUGAAAAACUGGUGGAAGGUGACAAGAAGGAUAAAAAUAAUGCAUCAACUGAAGGGUCAAUGUUAUAUGAUCCGCGACAAAGAGAACCUUCUUACUGCUCUGCGGACCGUGUCUGUUGGUGGGAGCUAACAUUGUUGGCCUCACAUGUGCACCCGUCAGUAUCUACUAUGGCCAGGACCUUGCUAUCUGGCAACAAUAUUGUUUAUAGUGGUGACCCAUUGACAGACCUAUCACUUCCUGCCUUCCUUGACAAAUUCAUGGAGAAGAAACCAAAAGGGAACCGCAUUGCUGAAGGAAAAUGGCAUGGUGGAUCACAAAUAGCACCAGCUAAAAAGAUUGACCUGAAUCCCCAUCUCAUUGGAGAAGAGCUUCUAGAACUUGCAGAAAAUGAAGUGGCACCUGAAGAUGUUGUUUUCCAUCGUUUCUAUAUGAACAAGACUGGCCCUAUAAAACCAAAGGCAAAGAGGAAGGCCUCAGUUCUUGAUGAGGAUACUGGAGAGCUCCUAGCUGAUGAUGUUGAUGAUGCUAGCGAUGAGAGUGAUGAUGAGAUGCAGGAUCUGGGAGAUGGAUUGUCAGAAGACAGAGAAUAUGACUACGAAAGCCUGGAUGCCGAUGCGUUUGAAGAGGAUGAGGAUUUGCUUAGAGAUGACAGCGAUGCUGAGGUGGAUGACAUUUCAGAUGAUAGCGCAUCCAGGGAUGGAGAAAUGGAAAAUGAUGAUGGCGAUGAUGCCAUUCUUGAGAGUGCAGUUGAUUCAGACGGCAACUUUAGUGAUGAAGAGAUGGUUGAUGUUGGUAACGGUGGUCGUGGUGGGUCCGUUGCAGAGAAAAAGGCAGCACCGCAGAAACGGAAACAUGGUGCAAAAAAUGGUGCAUCUCCAUUUGCAAGACUGGAAGACUAUGAACAUCUCAUGGUUCGGGACUCUGCUAAGCCGACGUCUAAGCCAAAGCACAAGGUAACUAGGACAGUGGGUGGCGAGAAGAAACCAAAGUCCAGGUCGCAAAAGAAACGGUUGAAGACAUCAGGAUGAGAAACAAUUUUUUUUAACGUUUAACUUGAAAAUUGUUCAUCACCAAACACUGUUCAUUAAGAUAACACUAAAUUGAGCCGAAAGUGUUACGAGAGGAUGGGCCUGUUCAUAGUCAGAACUUGUUACCAUUUGUCACGCUUAAGGCUAGUCAGGUUUGUUCAGUUUAGCCACUUUGGUUCAUAGCUACAAUUGUGAUAAUAUUCUCUUCAUGCUGUUAUGUUUCAUAACUACAGUGACUUAAAAAAGUGUGGUAAGAUUUUUUUA